UCUCUGUUUGAGCGUCAGGGUCUGGUUCCCCCCACAGCCCCAGAGAAGAGCACCAUGGCUUUACCCAGAGGAAUGUCCAGAACCAAGAGCUUCGGCACACCUGAGGACGACAGGAUCUCAGCCCUGAUCAAUGAGAGUCGGUUUCCGCGGAGCUCCUCGCUGACGGACAGCUUCAUCCCUCCUCCUCCUCAGACAGCUCCUCCUCCUCCUCCCGCCGCCUCCUCCACCUCCCCACUCUUCCUCCUCGACUCUGGACCUCCCCCCUCCUUCCUCCCCCCUCCUCCCCCGGCCCGGGGGGAGGGGCUGACCCGCUCCAGCUUCAAGCCAGGGGCGGAGCCGAGGCUGCAGGAGCUCUCUGAUUCUCCGUCGAGGAGCCACGCCCACGCAGAGCGUCAGAGGAAAGCGAGGUCCAUGAUCAUCCUGCAGGACACGCCCCCGCCGCUGCAGCCUGAUGCACAUGCGGUUGCCACCCCGCACACGCUGCACACUGCCACACACACCGCCACACACACGCUUCACACCGCCACACACACCUCCACGCUCUCUCUCCACAGCACCAGCCCUGCCCUCGGCCACUCACCGCUGUCACGCCGCCGGGGUCGACCAAUAGAAAACCCUUAUGCUAACGUGGGACAGCAGGCUCCACCCACCAAACCGCAGAGGAGGAAGUCACCUUUGUUGAAACAACUUCCUGUAGAGGAGCAGGGACUUGGGAUCAAAGAUUAUGAUUCAUCCAAGUCAGAUGGGGGAGGGCCUGGCAGCCCCAGCAGGGCGGAGUUGUACCAGCAGCAGGUUCUUUCAGAGCGCGCUCGGGUACAGGGCCGCCGGUCGUCUCUCUUCCUGUCUGUUGAGGGGGCGGGGUCUGAAAACCAGGUGCCGCCCCUGCUGACUCAGAGCCACUCGAUGGACGACCUUGGUGAGCUUCCUCCUCCCGCCCCAGUUCUAUCGCCUUCACCGACGCCUCACACCUUCCUCCACCCACUGACGGGAAAACCUCUCGACCCGUCCUCUCCACUCGCCCUGGCUCUUGCUGCACGAGAACGAGCGCUCACUGCCAGAACACCAAGUCCCGAGCCUCGAACUAAACACGCAUCUGCGUCCACCACACCCAUCCCCACCCCAGCCGCAAGCCCAGAGGGCAGACAUAAGCGCACCCCUAUCGCCACCCCUCAGAGCAGCCCUGAGCCCCGAUCCAAACGCACUACUCCACAGACGAGCCCAGAGCAGCGAACCAAGCGCACUACUCCUCAAACCAGCCCCGAGCUGAGGCAUAAACGCAUAACCCCGCCUCUGUUCCCUGACGGACAGGUAGAACGUCCAGAGACAGAGGGAGGAGUAACAUCACCUGCUGGCCCAUCUCCUGAACGUUGGAGACCCUCCCCCUUGCCACCACUGGCCAAUGAGAGUCACUCUGCUCUGAUUGACAGGCGCAGAAGCCUUACAGUGGGCAGCUCAGAGGAGGAGGGUGGGGCUUACACAGUGACACUCCCACCAGCAUUGUUGUCAUCCAGUGAUGAGGAAACUAGGGAGGAGCUGCGCAGAAUUGGUCUUGUGACUCCUCCCCCUGCCUUUGGCGGUCCUACUGCUCCUCCUCCCCCAUCCUCUCUUACCCUAUUACCAAGGCGAGGUGGGGAGGGAGGGGGAGAGGGCGGUCCCGACUCCCUGGGUAGACGAGGAGAUGAGGAAGAAGGAGGUGAUGAGCGGCUCCAUGACAGCUCCUCACCCAGUUCACUCCCUCCCUCCAUUACCUUGGCCUCCCCUCCAGCUCCAGCUUCCCCCUCCUCCCCACCUGCCGCUCACCCAUCUUCCUCACCUGUCGCCACCUCCCCAUCAGGCCUAAAGCCUCGUCUUCGUUCACCAAUCGGCCGUGGCCGUUCUGCGCUUCGGGACCCGCUGCUGAAGCAAUCAUCAGACAGCGAGCUUCUCCCCUCUACUGCAUCCUCCUCCCCUUCUUCACCGCUCUGUUCCUCCCCCACCAGUGGUCGACAGCCACGCUACCUAUUCCAGAGGAGGUCCAAGCUGUGGGGAGGAGGGGAUGACCGCGGGGAUGAACGCCGGGGCCUCAGCCCGGAGGAAGGAGGAGGCCGUCCAGCAGCACUGGGAGGUCAGGGGUCAGGGUCGGCUGUGGAUCUGACCAGUCGCUCGGCUUCAGCACUGGAGCUGAGUGGCAGAGCGGGUUCUGGACUGGAUCUGGCCAAUCGGCUACAGCUGCUCAACAAAGACAGUCAUUCUCUGGGGGAGGAGCCGAGCCCUCUGGACCCAGGCCGGAGGUCACCAGUAGGAGGUGCCAGAUGUGUCGACAGAGGAGAGAGUAAAUCGUUGUUCUCCAGUCUCGGUGAACUCCACACCAUCUCCCAGCGAGGAUAUGGUGCCAGCUACACAGUCCGACCAGGAAGUCGCUACCCUGUGACCCGUCGGAGCCCCUCCCCCUCUCCUUCCCCCUCUGAUAGGUCGAUAGGGCUCACCUCCUCCUCCACCCCGUGUUCUGAAAGGCCAGAUCUGAGCUCAGGUCGAGCUCUAACCAUCCUGAAGUCCUCCAGUCUCAGUCUCCCCUCAGAACCAAAGGAGGUCCGCUUUGUGAUGCGAAGUGCCAGCGCAAGAACCAGGUCCCGUUCGCCUUCACCCUCACCCCACGCCUCACCUUGCCCCUCCCCAGUACUCAGUGGCCCCCUGUUGGCCCUUCGGCCAUGGAGGCAGCGGCCCCUCAACCUGUGGAAUAAGUAUGACGUGGGUGACUGGCUGGAGAGCGUGGGUCUAGCCGAACAUCGCCAGCGCUUCCAGGAGCACGAGAUCGAAGGCUCCCAUCUCCCCGCCCUCACCAAAGAGGACUAUGUGGAGCUGGGCGUCACCAGACUGGGACACCGGAUCAACAUUGAGAGGGCACUGAGACAGCUGCUGGAUGGUUCCACUUGACCCCUUAACCGCUGAUCACUAACCUCCAAACAUCAUGAACUGUGACCUCAUAACCCCUGACCUCGGGUCAGACUCUAGGCUAUCUCCUUACCAGGAUAUCUUAGCAAUGACUGAAUCUUUAAACCUUUUUACCAACGCAGAGCUCGGCUCUCUGAAUGAUCUCUGUGACAUUUUGGCUCGUCAGCUGUUUGAUCAACUCAGUGUUGUGAAGAGAGGUAGCAUCAAGGCCUGUGUCCAGAAUUUAGCUGGAGAGUCCUUCUUUAUUUUGACAUCUGCUAACACUUAGUGUCCACUGAUCACACUGUAAAAACACAAAUGUGUUAUGUCUCUAUUUAUAAGCUCAGAAGCCAACGAGGCAGCAGCUGACACUGGAGCCAUUUUGAUGAAUCAUUAUUUUGUUUAAGGCUAUAAAGCUCUCGAGCUAUUAGUUCAAAACCAAGCGGAGGAAUAAUGUUUGAGUACGACUUUGAGCAGAGUUCUAAAAAUGAAAACAUGUAAAACCAAGCUGAAAUUAGAGACGAGUAUUUAAAAGAGACUCGAUAGUUUUUGAUGGUAUCACACAUGACACAUCAGCUUACGAGAUUCUUCACCGAACACCGAGCUGAACCUUCUCAACAGGUGAAGAUACGUUGAUCAAAAAGCUGAUGUGACAAACUGACGACAGAUUUAAUGAGACAGACCUGAUUAGCUGGACUUUUGCUAGCGGAGCUGUACGAUUAACGAGUCUCAACCUUAACAACGGGAGAUUCUAGCUGAGGAUACGUCUCCGUUCAUUUUAAAAGAAUCUUCUUGUGUCUUAGCAUUUUUUCUUUUUCCAAAUAUCACUCAUGAAGACUUUGUGUUGAUUUUCUGUUCGUAUCUUAAUUCUGAUCAUCUAGAACUUAUGAAUAACAAGUAAUAAUAACGUGGUGGUGAUGACUUACAGAGUUUUAAUAGUUUGGACAAUGACUAUGAGUUCCUUAUGAUUUGACAAUGAGUUGAAUUUCAAGGUCGUUUCGGUGAUGUUUUGGAAUUCAUGAUGAUUUGUCAAUGAGUAUGACUUUGUGCUGAUGUGCUGUGUGUUUCAGGGAGAGCUGCAGCCGAGCUCCAACUGUAAACCUCUCUGGUUUCUAACCUGCUUAUCGAGGGCUUACUGUACAUGGUGCUAUCUGUUUAAAGCCAUCUGUACAGAAAAUACCUUUCUCCUUCCCCUUCUAUACUUUCCUCACACCGACACCUGAAUCUCUUCGGUUAACCCCUGUAACUCAAGUGUGUAAUUCCUAAAUUAAAUCAAUCAAAUAUGGCUUUACCUGCCGCGACCCCUGUAGUUAUAGUGACUUGUCAGAAACAGGCCAAAAAUGGAGUUUCCUCCCUGCCAUAUUGGGGAUUCCUUCCCUGCCAUAUGUGGAGUUUCCUCCAGACCAUAUAUAGAGUUUCCCAGAGGCCAUAAAUGGAGAUAACCAUGUUUUCAUUUUUAGGGCUUCUUCUCCUGAUUCACCUGCAGAUUUGUUUCUUGAUCUACAAAACAGAAUAACGAUUCCAAAAAUUUGACCAUCAUGUUAGACCACAGACUGUAAAUUAAAAUGGACAACACAUCUCCACCCACUCCCACUCUCCAGCAAUGAAACCGAAAUAUCCCACAAGUGAACGCUGACAUCUUAGACAUCUGGAGCCAGAGUCUGUGCAGUAUCGAUGUCCCACUGAUGCAGGAGCUUGAUCAUUGAAGAGUCUCAGCUCAUUUUCAAACUGAUCAGAAACACUUCCUAAAUGACCUUUGAGAAAUAUGUCCAUGUCCCAUCUGCUAACAUGGAGGAGUGGGGUUUAUGAUCUAUACUGUAGCCAGCCACCAGAGGGCGAUCCAGGGGAUUUUGUUUCCCGUUUGGGAGCUGUCUUGACGUCCAUUUUUUUUUUUAACAGUCUGUGUUAGACCAAGAGAUUUUCACAUUUGAGAAUCUUCUAGAGCAGUUUUGUCUCGUGAUGAUGAUCAACCAAUAAUCAGAAUUGUUGAAGAUUAACUUUUCUUGAAUCGUCUAAUUGUUGCAAACAGAUUCUCCAUUUCAGUGAGGGGGGGGGGGUGUAAAGGCAACUUUAAGCUUAAGUUCGACAAUUUAUCUCAAUUCAUCAUUUAACUGUUGCAGCUAUAAUGUAGUGAUUAAAAAAAAAACUAUUUUAAACUUAUUACCUGAAGAUCAUAAAUAAAGAGGAGUUUAGCCUAGCUUAGCACAAAGACUGAAAGCAGAGGGAAACUGCUAGCAUAGCUCAAACAAAAAUGAAAGCACUACACCUCCCAACAGCAACAUGGUCUCAUUCACAUGUUGUUAUUUAACAGACGUGUCGUCAAACCAGACGCAGGAAAAAGCUUUGAAGACGACAAACUAACUGCUGCUAAAACCAUGUUUCAUUCUUCUUGUUGUCUUUCUAAACCUGUUCAACAAACAACCUGCAGCACGUUAAUGAGACCUCGCCCAAGCUGCUGGAAGGUGUUUUAAUUUGUAAAACUCACUACAAGUACCUCUAUUCUACUUCACACAACUAUGUCGUGAUGUAAAGUGUCUCCUCUUGAUCCCCGCUAAAGCACAAUCAACGUUUCAGUGCCUGUUUCCACUUCAAACCAAUCAGCCGUGUUCAUCCAUCUUUUUUCCAACUUUAGUACCUGAACUUGUUCCGCCCUUUUAUAGAAGUAAUACCUGCCCAUGGCAGACCAGAGGUAUAGAAUGUAUAGUCCAUGCACAGCACAUUACAGUAGACUAUAUAGUCUC